UCAGAACGAACGUCAACACCACCGCGCGUGAACCACAGCUCGCUCAAGACAAGAUCUGAACAAAAAAGGCAAUUACUAACAAUCACAAUGGACUGUUUGCGAGAGGGUUGGUUUAGUGAGUUUAGUACACUCUGGCCUGGUCAGUCCAUGUCGCUGAAAGUAGAGGAAGUGUUGUUUCACGAGAAAACUAAAUUUCAAGAUGUACUUGUUUUUAAAAGUGAAAACUACGGCAAUGUCCUUAUACUGGAUGGAGUUAUCCAGUGCACAGAGAGAGAUGAGUUUAGCUACCAAGAAAUGAUAUCCCAUCUACCUCUGAAUUCACACCCCAACCCCAAAAAGGUUUUGGUGAUUGGUGGCGGUGAUGGUGGAGUCAUACGAGAGGUUGUGAAACACCCACAAGUGGAGAGUGUCACUCAGUGUGAAAUCGAUGAGAAAGUUAUAGAAGUCAGCAAGAAGUACCUUCCGUUUAUGUCCAGUGGAUUUGAAAGUCCCAAGCUAACGCAGCAUAUAGGAGACGGGUUUGUGUUUAUGAAACAACAUCUCAACGAGUUUGACGUCAUCAUUACAGACUCAUCAGAUCCAAUAGGUCCCGCUGCUGCUCUGUUUGAAAGACCCUACUAUGUAUUGAUGAAAAAGGCUUUAAGACCUGACGGAAUUGUUUGCACUCAAGGAGAAUGUCUAUGGUUGCAUCUGGAACUGAUCAAGACGAUGCAAGACUUCUGCAAGACUUUGUACCCAGUCGUUGACUACGGUUAUUGUACCAUCCCUACAUAUCCAAGUGGUCAAAUUGGGUUCACCCUGUGCAGUCUAAAUCCGGAAACAAACUUCAGGAAACCAAUUCGCAGCUGGACAAAUGAAGUCAAGAAGACCCUGAAUCUGAAAUACUACAAUAGUGACAUUCACAAAGCAGCCUUUGUCCUCCCUGAAUUUGCCAGACGGAUAUUGGAAACCGAAGCUAAUGGAGAAAAUGAAAAGUCAUUGCAACACAAUGGUGACCAGCUAGAUUGAGCGUGGACAAGCUACCAGCAGAGUGGACAUGCCAGCUAGAACCAAAGAAAGCAAAGUCUUAAUUAUGAGAAGUAGGUUGGUAGUGAAACCAUGUAUUUAUUAUCUUUUAUGAGGAGAAUGUUAAGGCUACUGGACAUUUCAGAUAGGUCGUCAAAUGUCAUGUCUAAACCUACACCUCGUUGUGCCUUCACAAUGCAAAGCUUUGAGUUAUUUCUAAUUGUAUUAUCAUUAAUAGAACAACAAUAGCAGGACCCAACAAACCUUGUCCAUAAGGUCGAGUGUGGGGGUGUGUGUGUGUGUGUGUGAGUAGGUAUACACAUUGCAACCAGGGACCUAUAACAAAAGAGGACAAUAGCAUCCAAGGUUCAUUGCGACCAGGGACCUAUAACAAAAGAGGACAAUAGUGUCCAAGGUUCAUUGCAACCAGGGACCUAUAACAAAAGAGGACA